AGGAGGCUGCCGCGAGGUCGCCAGAGUGCCGAUCCGGCCGCACACCGUCACCACGCCGCCGUCAGGACCACGCCGCCGGACCACGCCGGCACGGGAAGAAAACAGCCGCCUCGGUGGGGGAGCCAGCCGCAGUGCGGUUUCAGGAGCGAGCGGGUUCGGAUCGGUGCUGCCUCGGCGCGUCGCGGAGAGGGAGACCACAACGCACCACGCCGACGGCAGGACCUGGCCGGCGCGGGAAGCAAACGGCCGCCUCGAUGGGGAGCCACCUGCGGUGCGGUUUCGGGAAGCCGCUGGAGACACGAUGCGGAUACGGAAGGGGAAAAGUGGGCCUCGUACCGAUUCCAUCGGUAUUUUACCGAUCCGAACCCGCUCGCUGCUGGGAACAGCCUAAGCAGCUUGCUCCCAUGCGUCGUCUCCGCUUCCACCACCUCCUCGCCGUCCGAGUGCUGCUGCUGGCUGCGGCAGUGGUGCAGGAGUGCGCGGCGCAAGGGGGCGCCAGCGCCGGCGGCGACCACGCUCCCUUGGUCUCCCCGCUAGCCAAGGACCCCGCCACCUCCCUCUACACCAUCUCCAUCAAGGACGGCGCGGGCCCCCUCGUCGUCGACCUCGCCGGCCCGCUCGUCUGGUCCGCGUGCGCGUCCGGCCACCCGACGUUCCCCUGCGGAUCCGCCGAGUGCGACGCCGCCAACUGCUGGCACCAGCAGGGCCGACCGUGGCACCAGGAUUACGGUGCCGGUGCUGAGGUCGACGGAGGAGACCGCUUCUGCGCGUGCACCGCGCGGCCCUGCGAUCCGGUCACGCGCGACCGGUGCGCGCCCGGGGACCUCACGACCUUCGCGAUGUCGGCCAACGCCACCGACGGCCGGAACGCGCUGCACCCGGUGGCGUUCCAGGCCGUGGGCGCGUGCGCGCCGGACCAGCUGCUGCGGUCGCGCUCGCUGCCCGCCGGCACCGAGGGCGUCGCGGGGUUCGGGCGCGCGCCGCUGUCCCUGCCGGCGCAGCUGGCCGCCCGGCGCGGGUUCGGCAGCAGGUUCGCGCUGUGCCUGCCCGGCGUCGCCAUCUUCGGGGACACACCGAUCUACCUCGGCUACUACCCUCCCGAUCUCAUGACCACCAUCGCGUCGACGCCGCUGGCCGCGAGCCCCAAGAGCGGCGGCUACUACCUCCCCGUCGAGGCCAUCUCCGUUUCCUGGCCCAACUGGAACGCGCCCACAGCCCGCGCGGCGCUGCCGCCGGGCGCGCUCGAGCUCGACGCCGCGACCGGGCGCGGCGGCGUGACGCUGAGCACCGUGCAGCGGUACACGGCCAUGCGCUCCGACGUGUACCGCGCCUUCGUCCGGGCGUUCAACGAGACCAUCGGCACGCCGGGGUACGUGAAGCCGAUGCCGGCGGUUGCGCCGUUCGAGCUGUGCUACGACACGUUCUCGCUGCGGCGCGUGAGGGUGCUUGGGUGGGACGUGCCGUCGAUCCGCCUGGAGCUAGGCGCGGGCGCCUCGAUGAACUGGACGGUGGCCAGCGGCAACUCCAUGGUGCAGGCGGCGGACCGCACGCUGUGCCUGGCCGUCGUCGAGAUGGGCCCCGGAGCCGCGCACGGCGCGGCGGUGGUGAUCGGCGGGUACCAGGUGGAGGACAACCUGCUGGUGUUCGAUGAGGACAAGGAGGUGCUGCACUUCAGUGGCCUGCUCUGGGGCUCGGGGGCCACCUGCAGUGGCUUCAACUUCACCGCGCCUCAGUGAUCCCAAUUCCCAAGGCGCGUGCAGUGCAGCA